AUGGAUGGAGGGGACGAAGGAAUAGAGAGGGUAGAGGACUCGAAAGACUUGCAGCAACAGAGCAAAGCUCUUGACAAGCUCACUGACCAUGUCGAAGAUCGUCAGCUCGAUUCAACCCGUGUUCAAGAGGCAAUGGCGUCAAUUUCUGCAUCAAAGGAAGCCGAUAUCCAAGCCAUGAGAAUGAGUCGUUUAGAAGAGUUAAUUGGUUUACCUCGGUUUCAAGUAGAUUAG